AUGAGGGUGCAUUACCUCUUGCCGUUCGCCUACCUCAUCCCGGCUCUUGCGUUUGUCGCAAGAGUUCAUGUUGACCGGGGCGAACAUGGUCCCCUGCUCUCAAGAGAUCUUGAGAAUGAACCUGCCUCCAAUACGACUAUCGCGAACGUCAAUGCGACAAACAAUGCGACAGCAACACAGACCUCAAAUUCAACCACACCCUCUGUCACUACAGUACCAACCUUGAACACCUCGACGCCGGAUGAAGGUGAGCGCCCUUGCGUCGGAGGAUUUAUCCUGCUGGUUGCUGGUGCUAUUCUGGCAUUGAUUGGAGUGCGGAAUCUAUGGGUUCAAGUUUUCUUAUCCUCUGCCUUCCUUACAAGUCUUGGAGUAACGGUCCUCAUUGUCUAUGUCAUGAACCCACCAGUCCGAGUUGCAAUUCAGGGCGCAUACCUGAUAGCGAUCUUCUUCACGGGAAUCACAUUCGGCGCACUGGCGCUCGUCUUCAAAGAACUGGCUGAAGGGCUCGGUUGUCUUCUAGGCGGGUUCUGUACGAGCAUGUGGUUGCUUUGCACGCGACCAGGAGGACUGAUUGAAGCGUCGGACGCAAAAACUGGUUUCAUCGGUGCGAUCUCGGUUGCAUUCUACGCUGUCUCGUUCAGUCACCAUACGCGGCCAUACGGGUUGAUCAUUUCGACUUCCGUUGCUGGUGGCACGGCCGUGUCUCUGGGGAUCGACUGUUAUAGCAAGGCUGGUCUGAAGGAGUUCUGGCUUUAUCUCUGGGCGUUGAACGACGGCAUUUUUCCUUUGGGAACGGAAACGUUCCCGGUUACUCGGCACAUCAAAGUCGAGCUCGCUGUAACGGUGAUAGUAGCUAUUAUGGGCGUGAUCUCGCAAUUACGACUGUGGAAGGUCGUACGGGAAAGAAGAGCACACGUAAACGAGAAACAGCAGGAAGAACAGAUGCAACGUGACGAAGCUGAAGCUGAGGUCGGGAAACGCUUGGAGGAGGAUAAUAUGAAAGAGCGCAUGGAGUGGGAGGCCAAGUACGGCGACCGCGCGCCCGGGGCGUCUGAGAGCUCGGCAAGUAUUCCUGAGCCAACGGUUUGUUAUACGGACGAGGGAGAAGGCAAGGACAAGAAGAAAGAUAAGACAGCAGAGGAAAAGAGUAUAUCCGACUCUGUGGUAUCGUACCGCUGCUCCGAUUGCAGGGCACGUGGAGAAGACAGCACCACAGAUACUAACACUGCCGGAAGUGAACCCAGCGGACAGGAGAUAGGGUCGGCAGACAGAGACAUCCGCACUCUGAGCCAAAAUGCGGAAGGGGACGAUGGCUACCCCAAAGCUCUGCGUGGAGCAAUGGAAGACGACAAGAGCUCCGGCAUUACGGCCAUUGCGGGCUCCGAGACUGUGUCUGUUUACUCGAAACGAUUCUCUAUGCUUUCGCGCAAAAGCUCUGUUAAAAGCGCUGCGAAGUCUGUGAAAAGUCCCGAGAUGCGCGUUUCAGAGUCUCAAGAAGCUCUGAUCGGACAUAAUGACGAUGUCGAUUCUACGAUUGCUGUUGUGGACGAUGUGAAUUCUGAUUGUCAUACAGUCGCUGCAAACAGCGACUACCAGACCACGUUGGACGGGGAGCGACCUGCUCUAAGCCAGAAACUUGUUGUUACCAAUGCGAUGCCGAUGGCGAAAACAGAUAAACAGGCCCACGGUGACAGCAAAUCGGCAUCGAAGGAUAUGCCACAGCCUACGGACCCUAGUAGCACCGCAAACCCUGGACAAAUCGACGAAACUCAGAAAGUGGCUAAUGCCGACCUAAUCCCUGAUGCGCCGAACCCAGAAGAACCAGUCGGGCCCGUGGACCUUAACAAUCAAGACCAACUGCAAUAUGAGUCGGUCGAUUCUCAAGCUGAGCAGCUGCAGGACUCUGCUGAAGCACAUGCACACUCCAACGAGGAAGUGCAGCUCCAACAACAGGCUACUACCGCCGGUGACACUUUACAGUCAGAAAAAAACUCACCUACGGGCCAAUGCAGCGACCAUGAUCCGCCAGAUCAUUCUGCCAAAGGCAAAGCUGGUGAACAUGCAAUCCAGGGCCAGAAUAUGGAAGGCAAAUCGAAUAAGUCCACAAGAGAUCAAGUGAGCCAGGCUGAUAUCAAGGGCGAAAGUAGGGAGGACUUGAUGAAUCCUGAGCCCAUGAGCAGCGAUAAUAAAUCACUGAAACUAUCGACGGAGAAAAACCUUUCAAGGGAGCAGGAGGAACAGGCCCCCAAAAAAGAAGAACCCAAACCACUAAAUGCAGAGACCGUGCAACAAAUUCCCAAGCAUACAUCGAGAGUCGUUCAGGCGUACCGCAUGAACGAAUGGGCCAAGCAUCUAACGAAUGCUGAUGUGCCUGACCCAGAGCCCAUCCAACAGUUCGAAGACCAGGACCCCGACCAAACCGAAGAAGCGGCCGCACCAGUCAACGUGUCAGAGUUGCUGCAAACGCCACUGAAUGCGCAGCCACUUCCAGCUGUCGAAUCCCGGAGAGAUACAAACGAGAGCCAUCACGCACAUGACUCCCGUACGGGUUCGCAGAAGACGAAAAAACGAUCUAGCUCACCCAAACGGCUCUCUGGACAAUCUGCUGGGUCAGGGCAUUUAUCCCAGAAUUUGCACUCUGCAGUGCAACCACUAGGCAUCAUUGCCACACCGUCCUCAGUCACGCUGCUGCCACCCGCCGAACAGGGCCUCAAUGAGAGCGAGAAAGCCAAACCACGCUGGAAGGGGCCGACGCCUCUCAUGGCCGUGCGGGAGGACAUGAUGCGUAGUCGCCUGUCAUCACUCUCCCUCCCAACCGACCCAUAUGCGCGCCGUAGCACUGGUCAAUCCCCCACCGAUUUCUCAUCGCGGUAUCGUUCGGGCUCGACCUUCGCGAUACCCGAACUGGACGACGAUGAUGUUCCCCUGUCUCAGCGCCGGGCAAUGCUCCACGAACAAGCGACCCCGGUUUCACCAACGAACGCCGCGCCGUCGAGGGCAAACUCCCCAGCUGUCCUGGCAGCUUGGCGGGAGUUUGUCAGGGAAGACCUCGGGAAGCGCGAUCCGCUAAAACUUUCCCAAUCAACGUCCCUGAUACCGGGGGCUCGCAGCGCGUCACCGUUCGGCCAGCCGGGGCAACGUAACACUCCUUCCGUCAGUCUCGGUGACAAGAUCGCUGAGGGGAUGCAGCGGGGUGAUAUGAGCGACCUACAUCGAGAGGCACUUCGGCGGAUGCAAGCCAAAGCCAACCAAAGCGUCAACCGGCUUGUAUAG